AUGCAGCCGCUGCAGCUGGACGACAGCAGCGUGCGCGUGGCGGGGAAGUGCAGCGACACUGCCUUCGGAGGCCAGCGCGACUACUCAGUGGCGGGGGCAGGCAAGGGCGCCAGGGGGAGUCUCGCGGGCAACUAUCUGACGCUGAAUUGGGACGUCAAGUGUCCGUCCAACGCCACUCAGCGCAGCACGGCAGCCUGCCAGGCGUUCUGCAGCAUCACGGACAACGGCCCGUGUGACGGCCGUGGGGCGUGCGUGCCGCCUGCACCAGGCGCCCGCGGCAACUUCACGUGCGCGUGCGAUGGCGGGUACUCCCCAGUGGAUGUGGGCAACGGCUCCACGUGCGCCAUCGUCAAUGCCACCACCACGGCUGUCAUUAGGGAAGUGGAAAGGGCUGGACCUGUGCGCACCAUGGCAACGCUGCACCAUGUGAAUCUGGUGCGCCUGCUGGGCUUCUGCCAGGACCAGAACGUGGAGACGGGCAAGCAGGAGCAGAUCCUCGUGUACGAGUUCGUGGCCAACCGAGACCUGCACCACCACCUCUACAAGACAAAGACCGACAUGCACGCCAAGGUCGCAGACUUUGGGCUGCUCAAGCUGCUCACUCACGGCGAUGCUGAUGCGACCAGAGUGGCGGGCACACCCGGCUAUGUGGAUCCAGACUACAACCGCUCCAACGUCAUCACGUCCAAGAGCGAUGUCUUCAGGGAUGUUUGUGCUGCUGGUCGUCGUUUUGUCCAGCCAUUUUCAUGUCUCCCUGUGCUCCUGGAGUUGCUGAGUGGAACGCCACCCACCUUUCACCGUGCAACCCAUAUCAAGAACUGGGCGCAGAAGAGGGUGGAUGCUUAUGAGUUUGACGAGCUCAAGGACAGCAAACUGGAGGCCAGUGAGGAGGCCGUGGUGGACUUUGCUGACCUGGCGCUGGACUGCAUUAAGGCGCCGGGCACACGCCGCCCCGACAUGAAGGACGUGGCAUACCGCCUGUGUGCCCUCAUUGACAAGCACUGCCCUGACAAUGAGGAAGAGCGGGAGUCUGGUAGAGAUGAGAAUGCAAGCACCAGAGAGGAGUCGUCUACCACGAAAUGUUCUACUAGCGGGAGCUCAUUUUUUAGCUCGUGCUCCGAUAGUUUCAUGAGUUGGCUGGGGCUCAGGUUCCGUUAG